ACGUAAACGGAAAACAGAAAUGCUAAUUUAGUAAACCAGUUUGACGUCCGCCAAUAAGUCAAGUUUCAGCAAUUGGCAAUUUCUAGUCGACACGACUGACCGCUUACUCUCUCUCUCUCCCUCUCUCUCUCUCUCUCUCUCUCUAUAAAGUGAAACAGACUCAAGUCAGAUGACUCUGUCGGAGGAGGAGGACUGAGCUGCUAAACAAUCUAAAACCCCAACUUUAGGUUUGGGAUUCGUAGUGGAAGGGAAAUGGAUUUAAUAUCUACCCAGGGCAAGUUGGCCUAUUUUCGAAUUAAAGAGCUCAAGGAUGUUCUAACUAAGCUAGGUCUUCCAAAGCAAGGAAAGAAGCAGGAUUUGGUGGACAGAAUAUCACGCGUAUUGCCAGACGAAGGACUGGUGAAUAUAAUUAAUGAUACUUAUAGAAAAAUGCAGAUUUCAGAGGCUUCUGAAUUGGCAAAUUCGGGACAGACUGAUAUGGAUUUGUACAAUUUGAAGCUUGAAACAGAAGUUGAAGAUUCAAUAACUUCAGAUGUGAGGAUUUGCUGCCCAUGUGGAAAUUCAUAUCCUACUGAGUUAAUGGUACAGUGUGUAGAUCCAGGAUGUCUGGUGCAGCAACAUGCUGGUUGUGUUAUUAUUCCAGAGAAGCCUAUGGAGGAGAUUCCAUCUACCCCUCCUCCAUAUUUUUGUGAAAUGUGUCGAAUCAAAAGGGCAGAUCCAUUUUUGUUGACUGUGGCAUGCUUGGUAUCCCCUAUGAAGUUGGUCUUUUCAAAUAUUCCACCUGAUGGGACAAACCCCCUGCAGAUUGCAGAAACAACAUUUCUGCAUACACAAGCUCAUAAAGAUUUACUACAGAAAGAUGGAUAUGAUAUUCAGGCUUGGUGUAUUCUCCUAAAUGAUAGAGUUUCAUUCAGGAUGCAAUGGCCACAGUUUGCAGAUUUGCAGGUUAAUGGACAUCAAGUACGAGCAGUUAAUAGACAGGGAUCACAGUUGCUGGGUGCUAAUGGUCGAGAUGAUGGCCCCAUAAUUACAUUCUACAUCAUUGACGGGGCUAAUAAGAUUUCUUUAUCGGCAUGUGAUGCUCGCAAUUUCUGCUUUGGUGUCAGACUUGUAAAGAGGCGUACGGUUGAACAGGUCCGCAACCUGAUCCCCAAAGAAACAGAUGGUGAGCUUUUUGAAGAUGCACUGGCCCGUAUUCGCCGGUGCAUCGGUGGUGGGAUGGCUACUGGAAAUGAAGACAGCGAUAGUGAUUUGGAAGUUAUUGCAGAGUCAAUUACAGUUAGCUUACGUUGUCCUAUGAGUGGUUCUAGAAUGAAGGUUGCUGGCAGAUUUAAACCUUGUGCUCACAUGGGCUGUUUUGAUCUUCAAACUUUUAUUGAGCUAAAUCAGCGAUCUAGGAAGUGGCAAUGUCCCAUUUGCCUCAAGAAUUACACUUUGGAGGACAUCAUCAUUGACCCUUAUUUCAAUCGCAUUACAAAAAUGAUGCAAAAUUGUGAUGAAGACAUAACUGAUAUUGAGGUGAAGCCUGAUGGUUCUUGGACUGUGAAAACCAAAGGUGAGCUUGGCGAUCUUGCAAAAUGGCAUUUGCCUGAUGGUUCACUUUGUAAUGCCAGAAAUGAGAUCAUCUCCAAAUUAGGAACACCAAGGCAGAUCAUCAAGGAAGGUAGUUCAGUUCAUACUUCUGUAGUUGGGAUUAAACAGAAUUUCAAUGGGACCGCAGAACUCAGUAAAAAUCAGCUUAUCAUCCUCUCCCCAAUAUAUCAAAUGGAGGAUCGUGUUCAAAGUUAUGAAGAAAAUUUUAUUACAAUGAGCAGCAGUGCCUCUGGAAGUGGCAGAGAUGAUGAAGACCCAAGCAUUAAUCAGAAUUGCAAUGGGCAUAUUGAUAACUCUGCCAAUAAUGGCAAUGAGAUAAAUUUUAUUCCUGGCAGUUUUAAUUCAACUUUGGAGUUUAAAAACCAAACAUCUGCAGUGACAAAUGACACAGAUAUCAUUAUUCUCAGUGAUUCAGAAGAAGACAACAAAUAUUUGGAUCCUGCUGGAAGUGUCUACAAAACUUUUCCUGAAAUUGAUAGUGGACCUCCUGGGUUUUCAGGAUCAUACCUGUCAGACUCAAUGCUUGAUGCUGCUGCGGAUUCUUGUUUGGGUCUUUUCGGCUGCAAUAUUAGCGGCAUUGGCAUACCUAACUGGCCAUAUACUUCUGUUAGUCGGGAAGGUUCUGGAUUCCAAUUGUUUGGUACAGAUUCAAAUGUUUCCGAGGCUUUUGUUGAUCUGGACCAUUCUUCAGUAAUGUGUUCUGCUCCGAUGAAUGGUUUCACAUCAGUUUCUAGGUCAACUUUAACAUCUGGCAGGGAGGUCCUAGAUUCUCAGGUUUGCCAUUCCAAUAUUGACAUAGAUGAGCAUUUAAUUGGUAAUACCUCAGCAUAUGUUGGUGAUGAUCCCUCUCUACAAAGUUUCCUUCCAUCUCAGCCACCUGUAGUGUUGUCAGAGUCUGAUUUGGGACAGCAGCCUCUGAAUGGUAUCCAUACUGACGAUUGGAUUUCUCUUAGGCUAGGUAGUGAUGGUGAGCAUGUUUGUGGUGAUCUGGGGUCUAAUCCUCAACCUGCUGCCACAAAUGGGCUGGAAUUGAGACACAUUUGUGGACCAAACGGAGCCACGCUCUGUGAGACAAAGAGUGCAUCCCUCUUAAAUGCAGAAUCUGACUAUAGAUGGAAAUGGACGUUGUUGAAGAUGACUUUUGAAGUUUCGUACUCUAGUUUCAAUAUCUACUUUGGGUUGAUGAUGGUUUUUUUAAUUUUAUUGAAAAAGAGCAAAGCCAAGCUGUCUUCUGUAGCUUCAGAACCUCUUCCCCUGAUGGCAUAUAAAAUUUCUCUCGCCUUAUGUGAUGAAGAAUGCAAGUCUGCCUUUCAGCUUCUACAUACUUCUAUAUUCUAGAGCUGAAGCAUUAUAUUAGGUAAAGAGAGAAAUUUCAAAAACUUUGAGCAUUCCCUGCUUCUUAACCUUUGGAUAUUAUGGAAAAGCCGCAGCUAUUUUGUAGAACAGCUUAGUCUUCCUUGAAUAUCUAUUGUGGCCUAGUCUUCCCUGGAUAAAUAUGUUACAUAUUGCUGAGAUUCAGCUGUAAAUGAAAUUAUUAUUCUGCUUUUUCAAAUUCUUGUUAUGCCCAAUCUGAUGGGAAGCUAAAGAGAACCAGGCAACCAACACAGGAUACAUGCACUGCAAUGGCAACCACCUGACUGGUAUGUUCGAGAAUUGGAAAGAUGAUUAAUUGCAUUUGCAUUUCCUGUGUUGAUGUCUAUAUGGGAAAUCUGCUAGUAAAUCUGUUGUAAUUAUUGAACAGAAUUGAAAUGGUAUGUAAAGUAAUGCAUUGUGCUUUUAGAUAUGAAUCUGAUGGUUGGACAUUAUAGCAUCA